GAUCCCGCCGUCCAGCUUCCCCGCACGCGAGCCUUGGAACCCCACACAACCCUUGAAACGAGAGUGUACGUCCGGCCAGGACGCGUGACACGCGGAAGAAGCGCGGCCGAAACGGCUGGUUUAUGUACCUACCGGCUCGCAAACCGUGGCAGCUUCUGCUGUCCUUCACCCUCCGCGCCUGAGCUCUACGAACCGUGUUUCCACGGUCUGUCGUAGCAGAUGCGGGUUCCCGGUUUCUCCUUUGCAUCUCCGAGACACCUCCGCCCAGCAUGAGCUCCUCCAAUUGCCUGGCGGGCUACCGGCUGGUUGCCUUUGGCCCGCGCCUGAGGCUCUGCGCUUCCACGCUCGCCUUCCGGACGACACCAAUUGUCCAGCAGGAGUACACCACUAAGCGCGUCAAGCCACUGCAACCGAAUGCACGCGUCCGGAGCCUAGCCCGCCCGCGACCGCUGUACCUGCAGACGCAUGUUCCGCACAUUCCCACCACGGCUGUCGCCCGCUAUGCAUCCCUUGCUUCGGAGCCGCAUGACGAGGAGAUCCCGACCUCCCCGCCCUUCACCGCCGGUCCGUAUUCGACCCUGACCAUCGGUAUCCCCAAGGAGAGCUACCCCGGCGAACGCCGUGUCGCGAUAACGCCGCAGAAUGUCCAGCUGCUGCUGAAGAAGGGCUUCUCUCGCGUCUUGAUCGAGCGUGGAGCGGGUCUGGAGGCGCAAUUCACGGAUGAGGCGUACGAGCAGGUCGGCGCUAAGACCGUCGACCGCAGGAGCGUCUUCUCGGAGAGUGACAUUCUUCUCAAAGUUCGUGCGCUCAGCAUCGAUGGCGCUGAUAGCGAGGUGGACGCCAUUCGUGAGGGCGCCACCGUGAUUUCUUUCCUUUACCCAAUGCAGAAUAAGCCUGUCGUAGAUAGACUUGCGGACCGCAAAGCUACUGCAUUUGCUAUGGACAUGGUUCCGCGCAUUUCUCGAGCCCAAGUAUUUGACGCAUUGAGUUCCAUGGCCAAUAUCGCUGGUUAUAAGGCCGUCUUGGAAGCUUCGAACCAGUUCGGACGUUUCCUCACUGGCCAGGUCACUGCAGCGGGAAAGAUUCCUCCCUGCAAGGUUCUCGUCAUCGGAGCUGGUGUAGCUGGCUUGAGCGCAAUCGCAACGGCCCGCCGGAUGGGUGCCAUCGUCCGCGGUUUCGACACCCGAUCGGCAGCUCGCGAGCAAGUACAAUCCCUUGGCGCAGAAUUCAUCGAAGUCGAGAUUGAAGAGGAGGGGUCCGGCACGGGUGGCUACGCGAAAGAGAUGUCCAAGGAGUUCAUCGAAGCCGAGAUGAAACUGUUCCAUGAGCAGUGCCGCGAGGUCGACAUUGUCGUCACUACAGCAUUGAUUCCUGGCAAGCCCGCUCCGAAGCUCAUCACAAAAGCCAUGCUUGCUUCGAUGAGGCCUGGUUCAGUGAUUGUAGAUCUCGCAGCCGAAGCUGGUGGCAACUGCGAAGCGACGGUUCCGGGGAAAUUGGCGAAAUACCAUGGAGUAACAAUAAUCGGCUAUACUGAUCUCCCCUCCCGCCUACCGACGCAAUCAUCCACGCUCUACUCGAACAACAUCACCAAGUUCCUGCUCUCUCUUGUCCCAAAAGACAAGAAAGAAAAGUACUACGACGUCGAUCUCGAAGAUGAAGUCACCCGCGGAGCCAUCGUCACGUACAACGGUAAGGUCAUUCCGCCAGCGCCUCGUCCCGCUCCUCCGCCCGCACCAGCUGCCAAAGCGCCUUCACCAGCAGAUCAAGUUGCCAACAUUGUUCAAUUGACACCGUGGCAAAGCCAGACGCGCGAAGUUGCCGGUGUCACGGCGGCGAUGAGCACUGCGGUCGCCCUUGGAAAAUUCACCGGUCCUAUGUUCAUGUCGAACGCGUUCACCUUUGCCCUAGCUAGUUUGAUCGGAUACCGGGUCGUCUGGGGUGUCGCUCCGGCUUUGCACUCCCCACUCAUGUCCGUCACCAACGCUAUUUCCGGUAUGGUUGGAAUAGGAGGAUUCUUCGUCAUGGGCGGCGGUUACCUGCCUGAGACUAUUCCACAGACUCUGGGCGCCUUAUCAGUUCUUCUGGCUUUCGUCAACGUAUCGGGAGGCUUCGUCAUCACCAAGCGCAUGCUGGACAUGUUCAGGCGCCCCACCGACCCUCCUGAAUACCCCUGGCUUUACGCGAUUCCGGCGGUUUUGUUCGGUGGAGGAUAUUUCGCUGCGGCUAGCACGGGAAUGGCUGGUCUGGUCCAGGCCGGCUAUCUUGUCAGUAGUGUCCUCUGCGUGAGCUCACUCUCUGGACUCGCUUCUCAGACUACGGCUCGUCGCGGGAACCUCCUCGGUAUCCUCGGUGUCUUCUCCGGUAUCCUCGCCUCUCUAGCGGCCGUCGGAUUUGCACCGGAUGUUCUCGCGCAGUUCGCUGGCCUUGCCACGGUUGGAACCAUCGCCGGUAUGGUCAUUGGACGAAGGAUUACACCUACGUCGCUUCCGCAGACAGUCGCUGCUCUGCACUCCGUUGUCGGUCUAGCCGCCGUGCUCACCAGCAUUGGUAGCGUUUUGGGCCACGGCGGUGACAUCUCCACCCUACACAUGGUUAGCGCCUAUCUGGGAGUCCUGAUCGGUGGAGUAACAUUCACCGGGAGUAUCGUCGCUUUCCUCAAGCUAGCCGCAAAGAUCUCCUCUCGACCCUUGAUCCUCCCAGGACGCCAUGUCAUCAACUCCUCGCUUCUCGGCGCCAACAUAGCGACAAUGGGUGCAUUCUUAACCUAUGCCCCUGGAGCACCGCUUAUAGGUGCUGCAUGCCUGACCGCAAAUGCGGCACUCAGCUUCAUCAAAGGAUACACGACUACCGCUGCAAUAGGCGGCGCUGACAUGCCCGUCGUCAUCACAGUGCUGAACGCCUAUUCUGGAUUCGCACUGGUAGCCGAAGGCUUCAUGUUGGAUAACUCGCUACUAACAACCGUCGGCGCGCUCAUUGGUGUCUCAGGUUCCAUCCUCUCGUACAUUAUGUGCGUCGCCAUGAACCGCUCGCUGACAAACGUGCUCUUCGGCGGCAUCGCAUCGACGCCACAGACGCAAGCGAAGAUAGAAGGAGAAGUGACUAAGACGACCGCGGUAGAGACUGCAGAAGCAUUAGCGAACGCUGAGAACGUCAUCAUCGUCGUCGGCUACGGCAUGGCCGUCGCCAAAGCGCAAUACGCCAUCUCCGACUUCGUCAAGCACCUCCGCUCGCGCGGCGUGAACGUGCGCUUCGCCAUCCACCCGGUCGCCGGCCGCAUGCCGGGCCAAUGCAACGUGCUGCUCGCCGAGGCCUCGGUGCCCUACGACAUCGUGCUGGAAAUGGACGAGAUCAACGACGACUUCGGCGACACAGAUGUCACACUCGUCAUCGGCGCCAACGACACCGUGAACCCGAUUGCGCUGGAGCCUGGGUCCGCGAUCGCGGGCAUGCCUGUGCUGCAUGCGUGGAAGAGCAAGCACGUUGUGAUUAUGAAGAGGGGCAUGGCGAGCGGGUAUGCCGAUGUGCCGAAUCCCAUGUUUUACAUGGAGAAUACGAAGAUGUUGUUUGGCGAUGCGAAUGAUAGCUGUAAUGCUAUCAAACGCGCGCUUGAAGAGCAGAAGUGAGAUAGAUAGUUCUAAGUACCAUGGUGAAUUUCUCCUCUGAUCUAACAAGCGGACUUUUCGUUUCUUUUUGAGUAUGCAGCUUGUGAGCAUGUGUAGAUACAUGACUUUGGCAUGCAUUUGCAAGUGGGGCUUUGUAUCUAUCUAGAUUUCAGGCAUUCGAUGCGAAUAGGAAUAGAUUGCCCCUUUCUG